AUGACAGGUGACUUGAACGACAACAUGGCAGCUCUUGAUGCUCCCGUCAAAGAUCCCGACGAUCCCGGCAGCGAAGCAAACCCUACUUUCUCUUCUAUUUCGGAUGAUGCUGAAGCAACAGAAAGAGGAGAAAGCCCCUCAAUAUCAAGGUACGUCAACAAAGGGCAAGGUCAAAUAAAAUCUCGAAGACACAGGACAAUAAGGAAUAAUUUAUUCGAUGGGAAUCCAACCAACGUUUCAAAAGGAAACUUUUUGAUUUUACUGAUUUUCCUUGAAGCUGUCUUCUCGAAGUUAUGGAGAAUUUGUUGGUGA